AUGUCCUCUGAGGUAAUGACUGUCUGUGGGCCACAGCAUUUUCAGAAUGUUCUCAGUUCAACCUUGAAUGCAACACAGAAAUUCAACUCUCCUUAUGAAGAAUUUGAAAAGCCAUCUAGGUCUCAAAACUUCAAUGAAUAUCUCGCCGAUGCAGGACUAACCACAGCUAAGAACUCAUCUGAAAGGUUGAUUUCUUCUUAUGGUAACCAACUUGCAAAGAUCACAGCUAAGUUCAAUGUGGAAUCCACCAUCAGUGGGAGCAAAGUUAAUGUCAACGCUUUCUACAAGAGACCUGGAGGAAACCCAGCCAUGAAGAGCCAUGCUAACAGACCUCUGCUAUGUCUGAACGAAAAGAUGAUGACGUCACACAUAGACCAUCCUUCACCUUACGGUGCCACUGGGCUCAGUGGUUCUGAAGAGGCUUCCAGCAGAGCUAGACUGAACAGUCAUACAACACAGAACAGCGAAGAAUCAGCUAGAGGGGGCGCAACCAAUGACAACAAAGAUGACCAAUGCCCUAUAUGUAUGUCUGUAUUUACUAAUAAGCAACAGCUGAAGUGUAAGCAUGCAUUCUGUCUAGAGUGCCUGCAAAGUGCAAUGAAGAACAUUGGACCAAUCUGUCUUAUAUGCAAAGAUGUGUUUGGUGAGAUGAAGGGAAACCAACCUGAUGGAACAAUGAGAUGGAUAAAACAUAACUAUGGAGACCUCCCUGGAUUCCCAGGCUGUGGCCACAUACAGAUCACCUACAAUAUUCCAGAUGGAAAACAAAAGGACAUUCACCCCAACCCUGGAGAACGAUAUUGGGGAACCACUAGAACAGCAUAUCUUCCAAACAACAAAGAGGGGAAUGAAGUUUUGCGCCUGUUGAAAAAAGCUUUUGACCAGAAGCUGAUUUUCACCGUUGGAGCUUCUAGGACAACUGGGGCGAAGAACGCAGUGACCUGGAAUGAUAUCCAUCACAAGACAUCCAUGAUAGGAGGACCAGAGUGUUAUGGAUAUCCUGAUGAGACCUACCUGAGCAGAGUGAAAGAGGAGCUGAAAGCUAAAGGCAUCGAGUGAAAUCUUUAUUCUAUAUUAAGUGAAUAAAUCUUAAAUUUAUGAAUAUCUUCACAAAAUCUCACCAAAAAUGAAUUUACACUUUGUUCUCAUAAAAGAAAAACCUUUGUAGUAGAUCUUAAUGAUUAGUUUCAAGUUCCCUGGAAGCUGUAUCACAUAUCUUCUUAAAUGCAGCUAAAUGAAUUACAGAAAUUUGAAAGAAUUUGUUGAGUUUUUUUCUUGAUUAACUUUUCUUUAAAUAUACUCUAUAAACCUUGGGUGUAAUUUACAAUAAACUGUGAUAAAAUGUCA